AUGGGAGUCCCCCGUGUGCCUAGGCUGUCAGGUAUACAAAGAGAAGUGCUUGCUCUGUACAGAGAAUUCCUCAGAGUAGCACGUGUGAAAUCCGGCGAAGAUCGGGAGCAGCUGGUGCACUUGGUGUCAUCUGAAUUUCGGCGCAACUCAAAAGAAGUUGAUCGGAAGAACUUCGAGUGCAUUGAGCACUUGAUUCGGCAGGGUAGAAAACAGCUUGAUCAGCUGAAGAGCCCUGAUACUACGGGAUUUUCGUCAAUAAAAGUGAAUGUCUCUUCCACAACACAAACCAAACAUUCGUGA